GAAAAUUGGACCAAGUUUGAUGGGUGGAAAACUUAGCGCGGAAACCUGGUCCAGGUGUGGUACGGCCACGCUCCCAAGUCCCAACGAAGCGCUACUUAAAAGCGGAUGAAAUGAAGAAUUAGUGAGAAAGCGAAAAGGAAUAAAGGGAAAGAUAGAGAGAUAAAAAACGAGGAAACAAAACAGGGAGAGAGAGAGAGAGAGAGAGUGUGUGUGAGAGUGAAUGAUGGAUUUUGUAUCUCUGUUCUUUCCCUUUUUCAUUGUAAAGCUCGUCAUCAAAUUAAAGUAUCCCAACUCCAUGAUCAUCAGGAGUCUCUUCCACGCCACCCUUCAUCAAAAUCACCACCACCACCACCACCACCACCAUUAAUUUGUCUCCACUUUGCUCAAAUCCUAAUUCAACCCAGUUCCUCCUGCAUCCACGCUUAAAAUCGUUUCCAUUUUUCUUCUUUUGUUGUCCCACGCGGCUUUAAUCUAGUUUUCAAUUUUAAACCAACAAGAUUUCAAAAACUGUUUUCUGGCUUUUCAAUCCGUUUUUAAGUACGUGCAAAGGCUAACGCUAUACAUUUUCUAAAGGCUAGCCAAACUUUUUAGCACGUUUAUCCAAUAAUGGAAGUGUAGUAUUUGAUUCUUUCCCCCCACUUUGUUUCCACUUUGUAACGCCAUUUUAUCCACAAUUGUCUCAAUUACACUGCAAUAGAGUUCGAAUUUGGCACUUUUUUUUUUAUAUUCUGGCUCUCUGUAAUUUGAAGAGCGAUGCCGGGCUUAGUUUCAGUGAAAACCCCAUCUCACGCUGCAUCACCAUCUCCCAUUUUCGUCUCCGCAAGCCACCAGCAGCAGACCCAGAAGAACCAGCACGUCAACGGCACCAAUGGCUAUACCAAGUCCCCAUCGCCGUCCAAUCCACGGCCCAGACCCUCCAGGAAGAUCCCCGAAAAGCUAGCCGUCGACGAGUCCUCACUCGACAACCCGGAUCUCGGUCCGUUUCUCCUGAAGCACGCCCGGGACAUGAUUGCGUCGGGUGUGAACCCGAAUAAGGCUUUGGAUUACGCGAUUCGGGCGUCCAAGUCGUUCGAAAGGUGCUCGGGUCCGGGUUUGGAGCUGGCAAUGAGCUUGCACGUUGUUGCGGCGAUAUAUUGUAAUUUAGGCAAAUUGGAAGAGGCGGUCCCAGUUCUGGAGCGGUCAAUUAAUGUUCCGAUUAUUGAAAACGGGUCGGACCAUGCACUGGCCAAGUUUUCCGGUUAUAUGCAACUUGGUGACACGUAUUCGAUGCUGGGGCAGCUGGACCAGUCCAUUUCAUGUUACGAUGCGGGUCUUAAGAUCCAGAUGGAGGCUCUGGGUGAGUCGGACUCCAGAGUUGCAGAAACUUGCAGGUACCUUGCUGAGGCCCAUGUCCAAGCAAUGCAAUUUGACGAGGCAGAGAACUUCUGCAAGAAGACCCUUGAAAUUCACAGGGAGCAUAAGGCACCGGCAUCCCUUGAGGAAGCAUCUGACCGGCGUCUUAUGGCUCUCAUCUGUGAAGCAAAGGGAGAUUAUGAAACUGCACUUGAGCACCUUGUUCUUGCUAGUAUGAUAAUGAUUGCCAAUGGAGAAGAAAUUGAGGUUGCAACUAUUGAUGUCAGCGUUGGCAACAUUUACGCAUCUCUCUGCCGCUUUGAUGAGGCUGUAUUUUCCUACCAGAAAGCACUUACAAUCUUCAAAUCCAUAAGGGGAGAAUAUCACCCUUCUGUGGCAUCAGUCUUUAUUCGCCUUGCCGACUUGUAUUAUAAGACGGGCAGGCUGCGAGAAUCCCAAUCCUACUGUGAGAAUGCCUUGAGGAUAUACAUAAAACCUUUACCUGGAAUCACAGCUGAGGAUAUCGCCAGUGGAUUGACUGAAAUAGCAUCCAUAUAUGAAGCUGUGAAUGAGCCUGAGGAGGCAAUGAAACUCUUGCGGAAGGCAAUGAAGUUGUUGGAGGAUUCCCCUGCACACCGUGGCACAAUUGCAGGAAUAGAAGCACAAAUGGGUCUGAUGUUCUACAUGGUUGGAAGGUAUGCAGAAGCUCGGAACUCUUUCGAGAGUGCUAUAGCCAAGCUUCGUGCUAAUGGGGAGAGGAAAUCAGCCUUCUUUGGAAUUGUGCUGAACCAGAUGGGGUUGGCUUGCGUACAGCUAUACAAAAUAGAUGAAGCCAACAGACUGUUUGAAGAAGCGAGGAAGAUAGUAGAGCAGGAGUAUGGUCCAUGCCACUCGGAUACGCUUGGAAUAUAUAGCAACCUUGCAGCCACUUAUGAUGCCAUGGGAAGCUUGGAAGAUGCAAUUAAGAUACUGGAAUACAUCUUGAAGGUGAGGGAAGAAAUGCUUGGGACGGCAAAUCCUGAUGUUGAUGAUGAAAAGAAAAGGCUGGCUCAGCUGUUGAAAGAAGUGGGAAGAGCUCGGAAUAGAAAGGGAAAAUCGCUUGAGAAUCUUUUUCAUUCCAACUCCCAAAGAAUGAAAGAGGGAACAAAGAGGUGGUCAGCUUUUGGUUUCAAAACUUGACUGCAGUAUGCCCCUGCGUCUCUGCUCUCCUUUUUCCCUUGGCUGACUGCAGUUUGUCUAAAUGGAGGCUUCUUGCUUCUUGAUAUUUGAUCUUCAUUUUUUUUUUUUUAGCUCUAUGUUAGUGUUGUGAUAUUUAAUCUGUUCAAAUUGUAUUUGGACCUUGUUAUGCAUGCUUAUUAGAAUUCUGUUUC